AUUGACCAGACAAAUAUUGUGUAUCAACCUGAAAACACCGCUACAUAUGAAGAAGUUGGUUCCAAGCAAGUUACAGUCGUUGGACAGGAGGAGAAGCGAGCAUUUACUGUGGUGGUUGGCAUAUCUGCCUCCGGCAAUGCUCUCCCAUUUCAGGUCAUCUACUGUGGCAAAACUACGUGCUCCCUCCCCUCGAAAAGCAUGCCACAAUUCAAGAAAGCACAACACUUAGGCUUCAAGCUGUGUUUUUCAAAUACUGACAUGCACUGGUCAAUGUUUGAGCUCAUGUGUGACUAU